CCUGACGUCACUGGCUAGCCCGGUGGCACCAUUCUGAUCCAUAUCCAUGCCAGCAGCAUCUGUGCCCGUUCCCACCGCGUAAAGUGAAAGUUGACUGACUGAACGAUGGCGGAUAAUUGCUCUGUUUACAUUCGGUCGGUCACGAAUAUUCAAUUUUCGCUGGACCAUGGGGCAGACCUCCAGCAAAGGACUACGGCGACAGUCUGGCUUUGACAACACAACAAGGAUAACCGGACACACUGUCGCCCUGUUUGGUUACAGUCUGUGAUAAUCUGUGCGCCAUGCUUAACAUGACACCACCGGAAGUGACUCCCGUCAAACGAUUCCCAGGCGUGAGCAGACCCCCAUCAACACCUUCGACUGCGCUGGCCGAAGAGACACCACCGGCCGACGGUGCAGCGGAACGGGAAUGCAGCACGCACGAAGCGGUUGCCGCGGUCAUCUUCAUGGGACAGCUGUUCUCGCUGAUACCCAUCGUCGGUUACGCCCGGUCGACCGAUCCGCGGGACGUCCGGAUGCGCCUCCGCUCGGUGCAGUUCGUGUACGGUUGUGUGACGCUGUUUAUCAUGUUGACACUUAUCAUAAUGCUGUGUGUGCAUACGGCCCAUGAGCCCUCGUUUGGAGUGCAGCAAGCCACUUCACUCGUUUACUACGCCAUCAUCGUGUUCUUUAUGGUGGAGCUGAUGCUGCUGGCCCGCAACUGGAGCCAAAUUAUGGGCCGUUGGUACACGGACGAGGCACCGUUCCGCACCGAUCCCUACCGGCCACCGAGCCGCACCUUGCCCUUCCGCCGCAAGGUGCACCUGAUCGCGUUCGGCGUCAUGUUCCUGGCGUUCGUGGAGGACACACUUAACUUCGUGUCGGCCUACCGGUUGAACGAGCUGCACAUACGCUACUGCCCGCACACUGCCGGUUUCUGGAAGAACUUUUUCCACCGCGAACAUCCGUACGUGCUGCGCGUCAUCCCGUACCAUCCGGUCGUUGGGUGGACGAUCGAGCUGACGAUGCGCAUUGCCAAGUUUACCUGGCACUAUGUGGACGUGUUUAUUAUCUGUCUCAGCUUGGGGCUGCAGCGCCGGUUCGUGCAGUUCAACGAGCGACUGGAACGGCUCGACGGUCAACCGCAAUCGCAAGGCGUUUGGCGUGCACUGCGACUAGACUAUGUGCGGCUGUCCGAGCUGGUCACGUUUGUCGACGAACGGUUCUCGAAGCUGAUCCUGUUUUGCUGUGCAAAUGAUAUGUUCUUCAUUACCGUGCAGUUGUUCAACAGUUUUGAUCUCAAACCAACCACAGUGACGACGGUUUACUUCUGGUACUCGCUCGGCUUCCUGAUUGGACGCUGCUUUCUGAUGCUGUUCGUGGUGUCCUCGAUAAGCCGCGCGUCGGAGAAACCACUGGAAACGUUGCGCCGCUUCCCGAGCACGAACUGGAAUCUGGACCUGCGGCGGCUCUGCGAUGCGGUGGCCACGUCCGAGAAUGCCCUGUCCGGCAAGCGGUUCUUCUUCGUCCGCAGACCACUCAUACUAGCGAUGGCCGGUACGAUCAUUACCUACGAGCUGGUGCUGCUGGAUCAGGUGAAGAAAACUCCCGACACUACAAGGGACUGCAACUUUUAAGCUUACCGAAAUCGAACUAAAUUUAAAAAUCCUAUCAAUGUCCACAUGCUGCUAUUCUUCACCGUAUGUUUCUUAUAUUUUUUGUGAGCAAAUAAACAAAUGCAAAACUA